AUGUCUCCAUCAUCCCCAAAGUAUUCGCCGACAUCACCAUUGGCUUCUCCUUCGUCGCCGAAAUACUCGCCUACCUCUCCAGCCUACUCUCCAGCGUCACCAGCGUACUCCCCCGCCUCGCCCGCGUACAGCCCUACUUCUCCUUCGUGGUCGCCUUCCAGUCCGGCUCACAACCAGAAUGGAACAAAUCGCAGCCACUCUUAUCAGUCAUCUCCGUCUUGGGAUUAA